UGAGGUGAGAAGCUAUCAACGCUGUGUCUUUGUGGAACUGACAGAGGAAACUUUGCUGUUGCAGAAGAAUCUCGAAAAGGACAACUGAUUGUUGAAUGUUUCAUUCUAAAAAUGAAUUUCCCGAAACCUUGGAAUUCAAAAAAUAUAUCCAGCGUCCCACCUCCACUGCCGGCCCGACCCAACAAACCCAAUCACCAAACGUCAUGUGUGAAUGAAUUCGACAGUGGAUCUGAGAAUGAGGAAACCUAUGAACCACCUCCAAGUGAACGGCCCCUGAGAGCUGUUACGACAAUUGAACCGACCAAUGAUUAUUACAUAGAAAGACAAACCAAGCCUUCAGCAUCCUCCCCCAACCCAGGAAUGAGACAACCUGUAUAUCUCCCAAAGGUCCAGAACAUAAAAUCAGAAAGUGAUCCUGCCAGGAUGCAUGAUCUAUGUGUCGCUCACACCACUCACAAAGGUACUGCAAUGAACAAAGCUGUUGAAGAUAUUCCCCCAGUUCUUCCUCCACGUACCCACAGACAAACUCAAUUGGAUUUGGAGGAUAUCGCUGAUGGUGAAUAUUUGGAGUUUGACUGCAAAGAGAGCAAUGGAAAUAAAAGUUUACCAGAGCCAAGAUUGCAACUAUCAAUUCCUCCACGAGGUGCAAAUUUACCAACUUCAGUGACAAAACCUCCUGUUCCACUUGGGAAACCACUUCCUCACAAAACUGUACCCUCAUCAGAAGAAAUGCCAAUUCCACCAGCAACUGCCAGAAGAAUUUCCGUCAAUCAAACUCAACUCAAUAUAUUUAUACCAACUCCAUUUACCCAGAGUGUUCCCUCUUCAAACCUGCAGGAAGAAUCCACUGGGAAAACAAGCAUUGGAAUGAUAUCUUCACCGAAUAUGUUUGCAGAGACAACCAAUUUAUCAAGCAAAUCUUGGUAUUCAAGUAAAUGUGAUCGGAAGACAGCAGAAGCUGCGUUACAUGAAAAUGGCAAGGAUGGGGCUUUCCUCGUGAGGCCUAGUUCAGGAGGUGACAAGAACCAGCCUUACACUCUGGCAGUGUUAUGUAGAAGAAAGGUUUACAACAUUCCCAUUCGCCUCAAUGAAUACGGGAAGCAAUGCGUCCUUGGAAAGGAGAAAGCAGGAGAACGGUGGUUUAACAGUAUUGGAGAAAUGAUUGAUUACUAUCAAGGGAAUUCACUGAUCCUGAUUGACAGGCAGAACAACACAAAGGACUCAGCUUUGUUGCUUCACCCUGUACGAUUGUGAGCUACCAGUAACCUUGCCAAAGUGUACUUGGAUUUGGCUAACUUCGAAUUGCCAAUUCAGUUCUGCAGGAACAAUGGAUCACAGAGUUUCUAACAAUCAGUCAUGCAAGAGAAGAAGGCCUUACCCUGUAGAAAAUCAAGCCUUGGGACCUACAGUCAUUUACAGUCAUAGAGAUGUACAACACAAAAACAAUCUCUUCAGUCCAACUCACCCAUGCCGACCACAUAUCCUAAAUUAAUCUAGUCCCAUUUGCCAGCACUUGACCCAUGUCCCUACAAAGCCUUCCUAUUCAUAUACCCAACCAGAUGCCUUUUACAUGUUGUAGUUGUUCUAGCCUCCACUACUUCCUCUGGCAAUCAUUUCAUACACGGCAUCACCCUUUGUGUGAAAAGGUUGCCCCUCAGGUCCCUUUUAAAUCUUUCCCUUCUCAACUUAAACCUAUGCCAUCUAGUUUUAAACUCCCCCAUCCCGGGUUAUAGAUCUUGUCUAUUGACCCUAUCCACGCCCUUCAUGAUUUUAUAAUCUUAUAUAAUGUCACCCCUUAUCCUCCGACGCUCCAGGGAAAACAGCCUCAGCCUAUUCAGUCUCUCCGUGUAGCUCAAAUCCUCCAAUCCUGGCAACAUCCUUGUAAAUAUUUUCUGAACCAUUUCAACUUUCACAACAUCUUUCCAAUAUCAGGGAGACCAGAAUUUUACACAGUAUUCCAAAAGUAGCCAACUUUUGUCCAGCCGCAACAUGACUUCCCAACUCCUUUACUCAAUGUAGUGAACAAAUAAAGGUAAGCAUACCAAACACCUUCUUCACUACCCUGUUUACCUGCAACUCCAAUUUCAAGCAACUGUGAACCUGCACUCUAAGGUCUCUUUGUGAACACCUCAGUGAAGUCCAUAUAGAUCAUGUCCACUGCUCUGCCUUCUUCAAUCCUCUUCAUUCCUUCUUCAAAAGACAAGAUUUCCCAUUCACAAAGUCACAUUGACUAUCCCUAAUCAGUCAUUGCCUUUCCAAUACAUGUAAAUUGUGUCCUUCAGGAUUCCCUCCCACAACUUGCCCACCACUGAUGUCAGGUCUAUCAUUCCAUGGCUUUUCCUGACCAAAAUAGUGGCAUCAUGUUAACCAACCUCCAGUCUUCUGGCACCUCACAUAUGGCUGUUGAUCAUACAAAUAUCUCAGCAAAGGGCCCAGCAAUCUCUUCCCCAGCUUCCCACAGAGUUCUCGGAUAUAUCUGAUCAGGUAUUGGAGAUUGAUUUGCCUUUGUGCACUUUAAGAUGUCCAGCAUUUCCUCCUCUGUAAUAUGGACAUUUUUUGGCACCACAGGAAAUUUUAAAGAAAAUAACACUGAAUGUUGGAAAAUUGCAAAUAAACA